AUGCAGCCUUCCAGUAACCAGGCGAACCACGAUGCGAAUAGUCAGCUAUUCGAAGGCGACAUGGCACUCUUCGGUAUCUUCUCGGAUCUCUUCAUGGACACGGGCACAGACAUCUGUGCUUCUACACCAACGGCACCUGCAAGACCUCAGACAGCGCCCAUUCUCCAAUCCAGGGUCGACGAACUUUCUUCUCGGCUUUUUUCGUACAGCGAAACACGUCGAACAGUCAGAUUGAAUCAAAACGAUGUCUUUCCUGUGAACGCCGCAAAAACAGUUUUUACUGCGGAAAACUUUGAGGAAUGUGCCUGGGCUUAUUUCACCGUCUUCCAUCCCCAACAGCCUCUCCUUCAUUGGCCAACAUUCGAUAUGCACAACGCCCCGCUACCCUUGUUGCUUGGUGUAGUCUUUUGUGGAUCCGUUCAUUGCUCUCCGACGGAUGGUGCACUAUCCUCUCGUGCCUUUUUUGAUCUGGGUGAGGAGUUCAUCUUCGAACAACUACGUGAUGUAGUCGCCGCGAGACCUGAUCUCGGUACUGGUGGUCAUCGCGCACUGGAACAUGUGCAGGCCGCCCUACUCAUUGUGGCCUUGCAGAGUAGCUUCAACAGUGAAGCAGUCCGCCAACGCGUUCGGGUCUCAAGGCAUCCAGAGCUGACUGUCGCCAUAAGGACACUCAAGUUGCUCAGACCGAUGACUACCAACAGCUCUCACAACAAGGUAACUGAGUGGAAUGCAUUCAUCGCCGAAGAGUCUAGAGUGAGAAUUGUACACUUCAUGUGUGUCAUGGAUCACAUGAAUACCUUCUUCUUCAAUCUACUCCCGAAUUUGGCAAUAGGAGAAAUCCAUCCGCGGCUUCCUUGCAACGAUGCGCUCUAUGAUGCUUGGACGCCGGAAGAUUAUGAGCGAUCAUGCACCGAAUCGCUACGUCCAGUAAAUCAGAUACCAAGUAUCAAACAGUUGGUUGCUUUCUUGAUGGGCGAGGAUUGGACAGGGGAGAAAAAGAAUUCGCUUCUCAACGUCCUUGAGCUACGACAUCUCAUGAUCUGCAUAUUCGCGCUGCAUUCAAUCAUAUUUGUAUCGCGUGCCGCUCUUCUGAUAUCAUCGUCAUAUAACAACUUACUUCAUGCAACGCGUCGUUGGAAAGAGCUUUGGGAUACUUUGCACGCAAGACGCGAGGGUGAGCACAGGAGGUCGUUGGGAUUUAUUAGACACGGACUGGAGAUGUGGUGGGUUACGUGUAAAUCCUACAGACUCACUGGUGGAGUUGCAUGA